AGAGAGUUGAAAUUCACAUUAAAGGCUAUGAGAUAUGCUAUGGAGGAGAUAAAUAGAAGCCACAAGCUUCUCCCCAACAUUACUCUGGGUUACUAUGCCUAUGAUUCCUGUGCUGUCCUCCAGAAGGAGCUGGAGGGAACAUUGUGGAUGCUGACAGGUCAGAACCAAGCUAUACCCAACUACUGGUGCAGGGAAGGCUCUCCGCUGGCUGCAAUCAUUGGCCAUUCUGCAUCAACUUACUCUAUUCUUAUGGCUCACAUUUUAGGGUUAUACAGAUACCCACAGAUCAGCUAUUUCUCAACAAGCUCACUCCUGAGUGACAGAACACAGUUCCCCUCAUUCUUCAGGACGGUUCCCAGUGAUGAUUUCCAAUCUAAGGGGCUGGCCCAGCUAGUCUUACAUUUUGGAUGGACUUGGAUAGGACUCAUUGCAUCUGAUGAUGAUUAUGGACAGGAAGGAAUACAGGUUAUUAGAAAUGAGAUCAUAAAGGCAGGAGCUUGUGUAGCCUUUACUCAAUAUAUCCUAACCAGCAUUGAGUUCUCCAACAUACGCUACAUUGUGAAGGUCAUCAAAGAUUCAAGUGCAACAGUCCAUAUAGCCUUUUCUACUGACAUAUAUCUUAUCCCACUUAUUGAGGAAAUGCUAAACCAAAAUGUCACUGACAAAAUAUUUGUGGCAAGUGAAGCUUGGGCUAUAUCAAAUGUAUUAUCAGUUGACAAAUAUUCUUUAGUACUGUCCGGCACAAUUGGCUUUGCCUUUUAUAGUUCCAAAAUUCAGGGGUUUCAAGAGUUUAUCAGCAGCCUCAAUCCUUUUAAUACACCAGGAAAUAAAUGGGCCAGGAUGUUCUGGGAAGAAGUUUUUCAAUGUAAAUUCCUGGAUCAAAAAAAUGUCACUGUCUUCCAGGAGAAUUCAGAAAACAUAUGUACUGGCAGCGAGAAUCUAGAGGACAUUGAGAAUAUCUACAAAGACGUUUCGGCCUUCAGAACUUCAUACAAUAUGUAUGCUACUGUGUAUUUGAUAGCAAAAGCACUGGAUGACCUCAUGCAUUGUCAAAAUUUAAAUGGUCCAUUUAAUGGUGGGAAAUUUUCAGAUAUUUGGCAUUUUGAACCAUGGCAGCUUUUACAUUACGUUAAGAAAGUCCAGGUAGAGCUAAAUGGAAGAAAUAUUUUCUUUGAUGAGAAUGGGGACCCGCCAGCUGUGUACGACAUUGUUAACUGGCAGUCGAACCACAAUGGUGUAAUGACACAGGUGAAAGUGGGCAGCUAUGACACUGCAGCUUCUACUGAAGACAUCUUUAGCAUCAACACAAGUGCGAUCUGGUGGGCUACUGGUAGCCAGGAGGUCCCAGUCUCUGACUGCAGUCAGAGCUGUCCACCGGGUUUCAGGAAAGCGGUUAGAAGAGGAGAGCCGGUCUGCUGCUAUGAAUGUGUCCCAUGUCCUCAAGGAGAGAUCUCCGAUCACACAGAUUCACUUGACUGUUUCAAGUGUCCAUGGGAUAUGUGGCCCAACAUGCAGAAGACUCAAUGCAUUCCAAAAGGAAUUGAGUAUCUAUCUUAUGAAGAACCUUUGGGAGUAACAUUAGCAGCUACUAGUGCCUUCUCAUCCCUAAUUCCAAUUUUCAUUUUUUGUCUAUUUAUUCAUUACAAGACCACUCCCCUUGUAAAAGCUAACAAUUACUCAUUGAGUUGUGUUCUCCUGAUGUCAUUGUUUCUCUGUUUCCUCUGUUCUUUGACUUUCAUUGGUUUUCCACAGUCUGCAAAGUGCCUUCUGCGUCAAGCUACAUUUGGGAUUGUCUUUGCCAUUUGUGUUUCUUGUAUCUUGGCCAAAACUAUAAUGGUUGUAUUUGCUUUCAUGGCUACGAAGCCUGGGAGCAGCCUAAAAAAAUGGACCAGCCCAAAGGUGUCUUACACCAUUAUUACUGUGUGUAGCCUUUUACAAAUCCUUUUAUGUGUAUUCUGGAUAAUGAUUUCACCUCCGUUCCUACAGUACAACAUUCAAACUCAUCCUGGUGUCAUCAUCUAUGAAUGUAAUGAGAACUCACAAAUAGCCUUCUGGAGCAUGCUGGGAUAUCUUGGACUCCUGGCCACAAUCAGUUUCAUUGUUGCUUUCUUGGCUCGGAGGCUUCCUGACAGCUUUAAUGAAGCAAAGUUCAUCACAUUCAGCAUGCUAGCCUUCCUUAGUGUUUGGGUGUCCUUUAUCCCAGCCUACCUCAGUGCCAGUGGAAAGUACACGGUGGCAAUGGAAAUUUUUGCCAUCUUAUCUUCCAGCUGGGCCUUGGUGGUCUGCAUGUUUGUGCCAAAAUGCUUUAUCAUAUUGUUUCAGCCCAACAUGAAUUCUAAAGAAUACCUUAUGGGGAAGGACAAAGGUCACAAAUAA